GCUGUUGAGUUUAUAGCUUAUUACAAUAUUUAAUAAAUAUUUCUGGAUAUUAGUCAUAAAAUAGAAAAUGAGCUCGACAAUCAGCGAACAAAGUAAUGGCAACAAAGAAAAUUUUUCGCAGAAUUCCAAAGACAAUAAAGAGAUUCAACACACUGCAGAUAUUUAUGUAACUGAAGAUCAUUCAUUCUCCAACUUUAUGUUGUCAAAUAAGCUAUUGAAGUCACUGAAAAGGAUGAAUUUCCUCAAGCCGAGUCCAAUUCAAUUGAAAGUCAUUCCUUUGGCUAAAUGCGGACUUGAUAUGAUUAUUCAGGCAAAGUCAGGAACAGGAAAGACAUUGGCUUUCACGAUUUGCAUCAUGGAAAACUAUGACGAGAAUUUGAAAUUCCCACAAUCAUUGGUUUUAAUUCCAACACGUGAAAUAGCUGUGCAGAUCGUUAAUGUGAUGAAUGAACUUGGAAGCAAUGUGAAAUAUUUCAAAGCUCAUGAAUUCAUUGGUGGUAUUGACAUAAGUAAUGAUCGUAAAAAUAUUCAAACAACUAAAGUUGUGAUAGGAACACCGGGACGAAUUCUUCACUUAAUCAAAAAUGAAGUUUUUAACAUUUCGAAUUUAAAAAGUUUAGUUUUAGAUGAAGCUGACAAACUUCUGGAAAGCGGACAGAUGGCAAAAGAUGUAAAAUCGAUACUAAAGCUUAUGCACAAAAAGAUCCAAAUUAUUGCAACAACUGCAACUGUUACAACUGAACUUGAAACUAUAAUGAAGAAUGUGAUGAAGAAUCCAAUUGGAAUCACUCCAAAGCAUGAGAUUCCAGUUCUUUUAGGCAUAAAGCAAUUUGUUAAAAUCCUCCCAAGAGAAGACGAUAACAUUUGUCUGAUGAAUUCAAAGAUUGAUGAGCUGAACAAAAUAUUUACCAGAAUUGCUUUUAAACAAUGUUUGCUGUUCACUGAUUCACAAUCGAAAACUGAAAGUUAUGGACAUUAUUUGCGAAAACGUGGAUGGAAGAAUGAAGUAAUUAAUGGAGCUCAAGAGCAAUCUCAAAGACUUAAAGUUCUCGAUAAGCUUGUGAAAUUUAAAUGUCGAAUUCUUAUAACGACAGAUUUGAUGGCGAGAGGAAUUGACAUCGAAAACAUUAAUUUGAUUAUAAAUCUUGAUCUUCCUUACGAUUGUUUCACUUAUCUUCAUAGAAUUGGACGUGCUGGAAGAUUUGGAACGUAUGGAGUUGCUAUCACAUUUAUAAAUGGCGAGGAAGAUGUGGAAAAAUUUCAAAAAAUACUCGGAGACAUUGGAGGAAGCAAGCUGAAGGCUUUAAAGUAUCCUGACGAGUCUAUUGCUUAUGAUUUUUGGGAUUUCAAACAGGAUUCGGAAAAGAUUCUUCAGACAAUUUCAAGUAUUUCUCAACAAGAUGAAGAUGAUGAACAGGAAAAUGAAACUGAGGCUGAUAAAAUUGCAAAAUACAAUUUGACACUUCUGGAAAUCACUAAAAAGCUUGUUGAUAAUGAAAAGAAACCAAACUUUGAUUUCAAUGUUGAAGAAAUACUUAAGGAUUAUGAACAAAAUUCAGAGGAUUCUGUAAACAACAAAAAUUAUCAAUCAACGUUGAAUGGGAAAGAUCAUUCAAAUGAAGAAAAUAUUUUUUUGCAAACAAUCGAAGAAUUAAACUUAUAUGAGAAUGGUGAAAAGAAUUUACAGAAAUACAUUCCAAUAGUAAAUACUUCAGUAAAAGAAGAACGUCAAGUAAUUUUCCAAAGAACUUCUCAAGAGAAUAACGAUGAAAUGUUAUCAGAAAGUUCAGAAAACAAAGAAAUUGAUAUUGAAAUCAGCUGUGAAGACGAUGACGAAUCGGAGAAAAACUUAAGCACAAAAUUCGAUAAGUUAUCAAAACAAAAUAGAAAAACAAAAGCUCACAACAAAGUCUUUGCUUCUGAAAAUACUUCAAGUCAAAUGAAUUCAAGCAACUUUAAAUACUUGAAUUAUCAUCAUUAUGUGUCUGAAAAUUACAAACAAUGGGAAAACAUUUUUAAUUUUCAACUUGCUAAUAUUCAAAGUUAUGUUCAAAAUGUAAGAAAAUAAUAUUUGUUUCCAUCAACAUGUUAAAAAAUUAAAGAGGGAAAUAAAAAAUUAAUAAAAUCAAUAUGCAAUGUUUUGAUACAAU